GGGGCCGAGCCCUGGGCAGGCGACCUGAGGGCCACCGGCUCAGAGCUCGGAGAGCAUUUUAAUUUUGAUGUGUCUUGGAGUGGGCCUCUUUGCAUUCAUCUUGUUUGGAACUCUGUGCUUCCUGGACUUGUAUGUUUAUUUCCUUCACCAAAUUAAGGAAGUCUUCUUUCAUUACUUUUUCAGAUACAGCUUUUCCAGCCACCUUGCAUCUUCCUAUAUAAGUUUUUGCCCUAUAACCAUCAGAACAAGGAGGAGGGUUAAACAGCUUAAGAUGAGAAAAGUUGAUCUCUGUUUGAGCUCUGAAGGGGCUGAAGUAAUUUUAGCUACAUCAAGUGAUGAAAAACACCCUCCUGAAAAUAUGAUUGAUGGGAAUCCAGAAACAUUUUGGACCACUACAGGAAUGUUUCCCCAAGAGUUCAUUAUUUGUUUUCACAAACAUGUAAGAAUUGAAAGGCUUGUAAUACAAAGUUACUUUGUGAGGACUUUGCGGAUUGAAAAGAGCACAUCUAAAGAGCCUGUUGAUUUUGAGCAGUGGAUUGAAAGAGAUCUAGUACACACAGAGGGGCAGCUUCAAAAUGAAGAAAUUAUGGCACAUGAUGGCCACGCGACUUACUUGAGAUUCAUUAUUACAUCAGCCUUUGAUCAUUUUGCAGCUGUGUAUAGCAUUUCUGCAGAGGGAAUGGCAGUCUAAAAAUCUUUCUUAAUUAUUGUAACAAAAUGAUUUUGUGUGAUGUUUAACAGUAUAUUUAUUUAAAAUUAAAGUUGUCAUUGAUAUACUUUAUUAAAGGGAUUUGUACCAAUCUGUUUCAGUUUUUACUUAUUUUCUCUUUAACAUUUUGUGCAAAGGAAUUUGGUAUCAUGAUCAGCAGUGAUGGCCACCAUGGAGGAUAUAGGAAAGCUCUUGGUUCAACAUAUAGCUUAAUCAAGGAAGUGACUGUACAUGAAAACUUAAGUAAUAAUACAUUGUAUCCCCACAGCUUCUAACAUGGUACCCUUCAGAUCUCAGUGCAUUAAUUUUUAAAUCUAUUUAUUGAUUGAUGCAAAGGGCUAAGUGAGUAGUGCAUAGACAGUAAACAAUGCAUAAGUUCAGAAAAGAGAAAGUACUUAUGGGAAGGUUUCAUUGAGGUCAUGGAACUUUAGCUGGGCCCUAUUGAACAAAACAUUUUAUUUUUUCUUCUAAUUUUAUUUUGUCCUGAUUUGAAAAUCUCAGAGAAGAGGUUUUCUUUCUUUCCAGGACAAUCAUUGAUAUUUGAUUUUUUAAAAGUAUUUUGGGUGGUAAGGAACAGGAUGGGACAGAUUGAGGAGGACAGAGUUAUACUUUAUUAUGUAGGUUGACUUUGUAAACAUAAAUAAUUAAUAAAGCCAAAAAUUAAAAUUAAAAAGCUAUUUUAAAACACCAAAAACAAAUAGAAAUGAACCUACCUUUAUCACGAGUUGAUAAACAUACAGGAGAGAAAUGACAUGAGAACGUGAGAACAUGUUGUCUGUGCAGUCUGUGACCACGUCUUCAAAAAUUCCAUCUGUAAUCACCCUAUUCCUAAGUAAGGUCACAUUCAUAGGACUGGGGGAUAGGACUUGAACAAAUCUCUUUGAAAAGACAAUUUAACCCACAACACAAUCUUACUGAAGUAUAUUUGAGACAGUUAUUUUUCUGUGUCAAUUGACUGGACCACAGUGCCCAGAUAUUUGCUCAAACAUUAUUCUGGAUGUUUCUGUGUGGGUGUUUUUUGGAUGAGAUUAACACUUAAAUGGAGGACUUUAAGUAAAGCAGAUUGCCUUCUAGAAUGUGGGUGGGCCUCAUCCAAUCAGUUGAAGACCUGAAGAGAACAAAAGACAGAUAUCUCUUGGGCAAGAAGGAAUUCU